GGCAUCAGUUGCUCCGGGCUUUGGAAUUUAAUGGCCAUUUCUAUUCCCAGGCUGGAUUCCAGAAGGCCAUGGAGCUCGUGGGUGGUGAAUUCCUAGACCGGCUUGAUUAUUAUCAUCGUAGCUGGCUGCCGGCACGCACCCUUGUGAAAGAGGCCAUCCAGCAGCGCUUUAAGGUUGACCCAAGUGGCGAGAUCGUGGUUCUGGCUCAGGGUGGAUGCCCGUGGAAGGAACAUCUUUUCAAUCUAGAACAAGAGCUGGGUAUAGAGAAGCCCAUCAAAUUUGUGUUGUACACAGAUCUCAGCGGCAAGUGGCGAGUGCAGUGCGUCCCUGUUGGGCUUCACACCUUCCAGAACCGGUUGUCACUUCUGGAGAAGUGGCGCGGUUUGCGCAAUGAAGAGCUCUCCCAAAUCAGUGGGAUUUCCGAUUGCAUCUUUGUGCAUUCCAGCGGCUUUAUUGGUGGAAACCACACCAAAGAAGGGGCACUGGAAAUGGCCCGGAAGACGCUGGCACACCAGACAGAAACCAACGCAUGCAGCUCCUGAGGACCACAUGACUGGACUUGUGUGGGGAUUAUUUGUUGUAUGGCAUUCCUUAUAAACUUUGGUUUUUAAAAA